CUCGGGGGCGGCCAAUAGGCUGUGGCGUUGGCGGGCGCUUAACAUGCAUGCUUGCAUUUUGGGGGCCGUUUUCCAGGGGUGCCUCAAGAGCGAGCCUGCAAACAUGGUAGUACGGGAAAUAAUAAGCGAGAAGACAGGAAUGGGUGUGGACAAAAGCUGCACGUGGAUAUCGUGGACAUGCAUCUCGAGGUUAGUUUGUUCUAUAUGUGGGGGGGAGGCUGGAGGUGUUAGCAAUAGUGAAAGAGCGGAUGGAGUUUAGGGCCUUUGCCGUAACGGUAGACGUUAGUACGCCGGCAAGGCGGGGUGACGUCACAAUGUCGCGACCGGAGAUGGCAACAUCACGCUUUGUCUCUCACGCGACAGCAUCCUCUGCAGAACCCCGUCUCCGUCAAAACCACAAACCACGUUCGUCCGCAAUGGUCUCAACACGCAGCAAAACGGCGCAAACGCACCUAGAGGAUUUCGCGACCAAGGGCGGUGCCGCGAAAGCCAAAGGGAGAAAGGGCGCAGCUCCACAAAAGCCGUCGUCGAAGAGCGACACACAAGCAUCAACGUCUAAGAAGCGUAAGUCAGAUACAGUAGCUGCGCCAGCGACGAAGAAGACCAAGUCUGCGAAAGCAUCUUCCCAGAAAGCUGCACCAAAAGACGAGAACGAGCCUUCCGCCGUUAUCAUCAACCGGGCGCCCGUUCUGCAGCUCUGGGCAGCGUGUGUAACCCACCUCAUCUACCCCUCUCUCCCGUGGUCCACCUGCCUCAGUGCCGGCUCUGCUAUCUCGACUAUUUGCGCCGUCGCAAAAGGCCGUUCGAUAGGCACCAUCUCCGAGCGCGACGAGUCUGAACAGAAGCAGCGCAAACGCGAAGAAGAGAAGCGGAAGCAGAAGGAUCUCGACGUCAUUCACGUAAUGCAAUUCAAGCUCAAGCUGCAAGACGGGCUGGCGCUUGUCGGAAGCGAGCCGAAGGGUAAGCCGGGGAAUGAAGAGCCGCUAAGGAAAAAGUUCGGAGAGCAAUACGAUUCCGUGAAGACGUCCUUCGAAGCGGCGCUGGAAAGUUGGAAAGGAGAUGAAGAAGAGUUGAAUAAAAAAGCGUUCGGUUUUUAUGAGGAGUUUCGACCUACCGUAAAGAGUGGACAAAAGGGCUGGGGACGGAAGGGCGAGUUGAGCCUAGAGAAGGUGAGAAGUACUGUGGAGAAAGAGUAGGAGUAGAGGUCAGCGAGAAUGCUCUGGAAGCGUGCUGUGUGGCUCAUUGUCUCUGUCUCCAUUUCCGGGAGGGAGGAACAAAGCGUUCAGCUUUAUACUCAGCCAUAGCACGUGUUGGUUCCUUUGUGCGUCCU